AUCAUGAAAUAAAUUUCAAUUUUUUUACACUAGAUACGAAGAAAUUGGAUGAGCGACAUGAGCUGCGAUUGCGGUUCAACGUUACAGUUCAAGAAGACACCUCAGGCGCCGCUGUACGACUUGCUGGGUCCCUACCCAGAUGAGAUAAUCAUGUCCACGCUGGAUCGUAUUCUAUACUACUCAGGGGCUACUAAGGUCAUCCGAAUGCUGGCCAUGUCUGGUUGCGACCCAGCAGAUGGCACAACCGCCGAGAAGUGCGCACCGACCAGCUGCGGCUCCGUUAAAAGUGCCGUUUGUCCAUCUAGCUCGGCCGUUACGUGCUGUUCUCGGCCUCCCAGCUGCAGUAGUCAUCGGAGUGCUCCAUCAACUCCCUGCACGCCGAAGCCACCUUGCAUCAAGAUGUCCAGCAAAGAGCCAGCGUGCUGCGAUCGCUCCACCUCCUGUUGCCCAAGCCGACGGUCUCCGCGAGUGGACUUUGCCAAUCCCGUGGAUGAGUGCCAGCCGCGUAGCAAAGGCGGCGAAUGUCUGCUCGGUGCGCGCAUUAAGGAGUCGCUGUCAGCCUGCCCCUUAACCUGUGAGCGACUGAAGUCGAAGCUCUCGAUAGGAGCCAAAGUGUCGCCAUCCAACACGCAAAAGUGGCUGUGGACGAGACUUGUCAGCGUAAAGGAUGGCUACUUGGUGUACGAGGUAUACAAGGAUUCCAAUGCGGACCUGGACCCCAGAUCACAGAUCGCCGGCAAGGGAUCACCUGUAAUAAUAUUUCUGGUCUUGCCGAAUGGCUAUAUUAUGCCGUUUGAGUCCAUCUCCACGGACCAGUGAAUUAUCCAAUUUUACGUUAAGACUUUUGGGAAAAUAUUAUUUAUUAACCGAUUUGUGGGCCAUCUUCUAAGCGAUCCUUAUACGCUUUUUAAGCAUAAUAAAGACCGUCGUUGAACAGA